AACUAUUUGGACUGGAGAAAACCCGAAGGGAUAAGGGCGACCCUUCCGCGGAGGAGAACAAGCGAGGUAUUGCGCUGAGUCUCUCCGGCAACCUGCGACAGGUGUUGGUAGAAGACUACUUAUUGUUUGCAGCAUAUUAUUAGCGGACAUAAUGGUUGCUUCUUUUUCAUUACUAGAGAAUUGCUACAGGUGUUCUUCAAAACAUAUUGAAAAGAAGGCAAAGCACCGCACAACUAAUGAAUCCCAAACAAGAAGUCCUUCCAUCGCAGCUUCUCAGGAAGGUUUACUUGGUAGACGUCUUGCUGUUCUCUGCAGCAGUCUCUCAUUGGUUUCCAUUUCUCCUUCACCAUUGAAAGCUGAAGAGAAGAAAGGAAAGGAAGAUGAGGGUGAUAAUAACGGAGUUAUUGGGUCAAUUACAUCUCUGUUUGAUCCCAACGAGACAACAAAGACUGGAAAAGUGUUGCCAAAGGCUUACGUGAAGGCUGCAAGAGAAGUAGUGAAAACUCUCAAAGCGUCACUCGAGGAAGAUGCCAAAGAUGUUGCCAAAUUCAGGAGAUCUGCUGAUGCUGCAAAGGAAGCUAUACGAGAAUACUUGAAUGGUUGGCAAGGGCAGAAAGUAGUUGUUACUGAGGAAUCAUAUGCUGCACUUGAAAAGGCCAUAAGAUCACUGGCAAACUUCUACUCAAAAGCUGGACCUUUUGCUCCUCUUUCUGAAGAAGUGAAGUCAAACAUUCUGGAGUAUUUGAAUACUGCUGAUGCUAACAUAUGAGGAAAAUAACCAUUGUACUUAUGAUUAUUAUGUUAUGCUUAUCUUUUCUCUGGAGCUUGCCAAAA